UGCUAUGCCUUUGACUGCAGCUGGCAAUUCACUGCCAGAAACCAUCCCAAAUCUGCCUCGGGAGCUCCUACCAUACUUUGCUGCUUUCCAGAGCUGGCCACAUCUCGGAGCAGGGUUGCCCCUUACAAGUUUGGCCUGGAUUUGAUGUCCUUUUUGGGGUGCAGGAACCCUUUCAGGAUCUGGGGCUUUCAAAGCAAGCAUGGCUAUGUUUUUCUUUCUUUCCUUCCUUCUUUCCACCCUCCCACCCGCACUCUCCAUCUGAGCUGAGCUGGCACAGCGACUAAUGCGGCCAUCUGCACUGUGCAAGGAGGGCUGGCACCGCAGCCAAGUCCAAAACCCUCCUUUUGUUCUCGGGGCCUGCUGCUGCGGGGCUGAUAAGGCGCGCUCUGUCUUGGCCACUAUGUCUUACUACGUCUUCGAGGCAGACGGCAAAGGAUCAGCUGGGAACGUCCACUCUCCUUCCACCAGCAUGGCAGGCUCAGGGCAAUACAGACAGCUUAUAAAUGACUACGGACCCCCAUCUCUAGGUUACACACAAGGAGUGCAGGGAACGAGUAGCAGUCAAGUACCACAGAGCAAGUAUGCAGAACUUUUGGCCAUCAUAGAAGAAUUAGGAAAAGAAAUCAGGCCUACAUAUGCUGGAAGUAAAAGUGCCAUGGAAAGGUUAAAACGAGGCAUCAUUCACGCCAGAGGACUAGUUCGAGAGUGUUUGGCAGAGACUGAGCGCAAUGCAAGAUCCUAGCAUCUCUUCCCGUGGCUGCAAGAUUUUUCCACCUCUUAUGAAAAAGGGACACCAGUUCCUUUGGAGACUACAGAAGGCAUUCAGAGAGAUCCCUUAAUUUGACUCUACCACUCCCCCCCCCACUGCCAUUUCCAAGAAUGUGGGCCGCAAUCCAAAGUAGCACUUGGGAGGCAACCAAGGGCUUGUGUGCCCAGUGGAAAGUUUGAAUCCCCCCAACUAAUACAUCCACCCUCAGCUCAGCAUCCAGCAUGGGGGGCAUUGGUUUGAGAAAGUCGAAAGGUCCCCUUGGGUGGAUAAAACUUGUGCUGUCUUUUUUCCUUCUGGAUCCUGGCCAUAGUCAACAAGAUUAUCCUUCCUCUCAUUUAAAGUGGAGUUUGCAGUAUUUCAUUUAAGUUGAGGCAUUCCCUGAAUUAGUUGGAAUUUUUUAUUUAAAAACUGCAUUCCUCUCUCUUAAUUCUCUGUUCUGCCUCAGGUUGCUCCUUCAGCUAACAGUGUUCCCCAUAUCCAGUGGUUUUCAAACUGCAUUCUAGGAAAGGUCUACGGCUCCUUAGCUUUCUAGGGACUUCUCAGUAACAAUAUCAGUAAUGUUGGACACGCUCCCCUGAAAAGGGAGCUCCUCUGCUGCCGCCAGUAUUCCUGUGUAAUGUAAAAGGAGCGCUGGUUAUGUUCUAGGUUGCAAGGUAUGGUUAUGUGGGGCAUUGGCAAAGCUAAGCAGCUCCAGACAUCACACCCCAUGGAUUGGGUGUACACAACCCCGAGUCCUCUGCAGUGCAGCAGACUUCCUAUGGCAAACGCUCAGCCUUUGCAGAACAGCAUAGGAGUAAAGGGCUCCUUGAAAGCAAAAUUUGAAAACAGCUGCCUUAAUCCUCAAAGCAUUCAUUUGGCUUCACCACUAAACCAUUUCUUACCAGACUCCUUUAAGUUUGAGUACAGAUAUUGUUUCGUUUCACCAGCUGACAGCCUAAUUUCUAAUUUGGUGCAUGCACCAUAAAUUUUGUUCAAAAAUUAUCCCCGCUCCCCACCAUUUUGCAUGAUUGUUAAGUGUUUCCAUUAAAAGUGCAUGAGUUCUACAAAAAGACUAUUCUAACCUGUCACAGGCCCCAAAAGCAACUCUAUUCCCCCAGAUUUAAAUUGUAACUUUGCCAAAAAAAAUAAUAAUUUCCAAAUAAGUGACUAAAACUGUUAUUUGCAUCUUUGUAUGUAUUUAUUACUUGACGUAAUAAAGCUUAUUUUCAUUAACAA